GCAGCCUCGUUGCACCCCGAGCAGCCUCGUUGCACCGCGAUCCUGACGAGCAGCCUCGUUGCACCCCGAGCAGCCUCGUUGCACCGCGAUCCCGACGAGCAGCCUCGUUGCACCCCGAGCAGCCUCGUUGCAUCCCGAUCCCGACGAGCACCCUCAUUGCACCCCGAUCCCGACAAGCAGCCCCGUGCCCACAGCUCCCACCGGAGCCCUCAAGCAAAGAGGACAUCAGGCCAAGACUGAAGGAGGUCAGAGGGCACAUCCCUGAGAGCCCAAGAGAACUGCGGAGCCUCCGCUGCCCCCGGAGCCCGGCAGCCCCCUGGCAGGGCUGCUCCCUCGCGCGGUACUCCCCAGCGUUGGCCUCCAGCCCCACUGGAGCACGGCAGCGUGCCGGGCGCUGCCUCCGGUGCCGCCCGGGCAUUGCCUCCUGGGUGCAUCGCCCCCCACCCCGCCGGGGACCCAGCGCUCGCGGGCAGAGCCAUGAAACUGCAGGCGGUGAUGGAGAACCUGCAGCGGCAGCAGCGCGCGAGGCUGCAGCAGGCGCUGGAAGCGCGGCAGCAGGAACAGCAGCAGCGUUCCACGCCGCCUCCAGCGCAGCCGCCGUCAGCUCUGGGACAGACUCCUGCCAGCACCCCGGCACGUGGCCGUAACCAGGAUCCGGCCCCGGCGCCCACAGAAGAAGGAGCGGAGCCUGAGAGCGCGCACAUCCAGCGGGCGCAGAUGGCUGCUCUGGCUGCCAUGCGGGCAGCAGCCGCCGGCCUCAGCCACUCGUCCAGCCCCGCGGUGUCGGAUGAGAGCCAGGCCUCGGAGGAGGAGGAGGAGGAGGAAGAGGAGCACGGCGAGGAGGAUGGUGGCUACCAGCAGGAGAUGGGCUCUGAGGAGGAGGAGGAUCUAAAAGGCAAAUGGGAUGAAGAUGACUUUGAAGAGGACCUGGGUGAGGAGGAAGAGGAAGAAGAGGAGGAGGAGGAGGAGGAAGAGGAAGACUAUGAAGAGGAGGAAGACAUGGGAGAGGAAGGGCUUGGCUCGGCAGAGGCGGUGCGGGCUGGCGCAGGAUCCCUGCUGCUCCGCAAGCCCCCAGCACCCCAGCACUACCGGGGCGAGCCGCAGCGGCUGCCGGGCGGCCAGGAGCGGGUCCCCUCCGGACUGGGCCACGCGCAGCCCCCGCCGCCAGCCCCUGACCACGGCGACUGGACCUACGAGGAGCAAUUUAAGCAACUGUACGAGCUGGACGGUGACCCCAGGAGGAAGGAGUUCCUGGAUGACCUCUUCAGCUUCAUGCAGAAGCGUGGGACUCCCGUCAACCGGAUCCCCAUCAUGGCCAAGCAGGUGUUGGACCUCUACAUGCUCUACACGCUGGUGACAGAGAAGGGUGGCCUGGUGGAGGUGAUCAACAAGAAGCUGUGGCGGGAGAUCACCAAGGGGCUCAACCUGCCCACCUCCAUCACCAGCGCUGCCUUCACCCUGCGCACCCAGUACAUGAAGUACUUGUACCCCUACGAAUGUGAGAAGCGAGGGCUCAGCAACCCCAACGAGCUGCAGGCGGCCAUCGACAGCAACCGGCGGGAGGGCCGCCGGCAGGGCUUCGGCAGCUCCCUCUUCACCUACUCACCCGGCGGCACUCAUGGCCUCCUCUCCUCCCCCAAGCUGCCGGUGCCAGCGCUGGGGUUGGCAUCUGCCACCAACGGUGGCUCCAUCGCUCCCGUCCAGAAGAUCAAGAAAGAAGAAGACUCCCCCGUCCCCAUCUCCGUGCCCAGCCGGCUUCCCGUUGCGUUAGCCGGCCAUCCCGUGGUGGCAGCCCAGGCGGCCGCGGUGCAGGUGGCAGCAGCCGCUCAAGCCGCGGCGCUGGAGCAGUUACGGGAGAAGCUGGAAUCAGGAGAACCUCCGGAGAAGAAGAUGGCCCUGGUGACGGAUGAGCAACAACGGCUGAUGCAACGGGCGCUGCAGCAGAACCUCCUGGCCAUGACGGCUCAACUGCCCAUGAGCAUCCGCAUCAACAGCCAAGGCACCCGCUCGCCAGAGAACCGCCAGGACUCGGCCGCCAGCCUGAGCAGCAACGGCACCAACAGCAUCAGCAUGUCGGUGGAGAUCAACGGCAUCGUCUACACAGGUGUGCUGUUCGCCCAGACGCCCGGUCCUUCCUCCUCCUCUUCCUCCUCCUCCUCCUCUGCCUACAGCAAAGGCAACAGCAGCGGCGGCAGCCGGAGCAGCGGCAGCGGUGGUGGCGGUGGGGUGGGAAGCGUUGGCAGCGGCAGCAACGUCCCCCCUCCAACUCCGGCCAGCCUGGCCGUGCCCCCCAGCUCUACCUCCAACAACGCUUCGCCUUAAAGCCCUGCCCGUUGGCCCCCUCGGCCACAAGGGGCUGGGGGCUCGCUGGGAUCUGGCCAGGGUCUCACCAGGAUCUGGCCAAGGUCUCACCAGGAUCUGGCCAGAGUCUCA